GGAUCAAUAAAGGAAAUAAAAGGUUCUGUGAAGAAAAAAUCAAGAGAAAGAAGAUUGGAGUGGACAGAAUAGAGUGAUGUGGGGUGUUCUCCUUCUGGCAAUAUCAGCACCAAGGAAGAAGAAGUGCCCAAGAAGUAGAGGUAUAGAUCCUAGUCAUCUGGAUUUAAGAAGAACAAUGUCUCUUCCCCGACAGCUGCGAGAAAAGAGUGAUUUUGACCAGCUUCCAGAUGAUGUACCUGUUUCAGCUAAUAUCGCAGACAUUGAAGAGAAGAAAGGCUUUACUAAUUACUAUAUGUUUGUCAUUGAAGUAAAGCUUAAAGGUGGUGGCAGAUACCUGAUUUUCCGGCGCUAUCGUGAGUUCUAUGCCCUGCACACCAAACUAGAGGAGAGAUAUGGGCCAGAGAGCAGUAACAGCCCGUUUACCUGCACACUCCCUGUACUGCCAGGAAAAGUUUUUGUUGGUGCCAAAAAGGAAAUUGCUGAGAACAGGAUUCCUAUCCUAAAUGUCUAUAUGAAGAACCUGCUCUGCCUCCCUGCUUGGGUGUUGAUGGAUGAGGACGUUCGGCUGUUCUUCUACCACUCAACCUUUGAUGGUGAGCAGGUGCCUCACAGACUGAGACGGCUUCGCCCACGGACACGCCGAGUUAAGAGUGUUUCAGAUCAAGUGCCUGUUUUUGACCGCACAGCAGCUCCGCGGGCUGAGGCACUGUUUGAUUUUCCUGGAACCAAUAAACUGGAACUCAGAUUCAAGAAAGGAGAUUUGAUCUAUCUACUCAGCAAAGUAAACAAAGACUGGUUGGAGGGAACUGCUGAUGGUGCCACUGGGAUUUUCCCACGUGCUUUUGUGAAGAUCAUAAAAGAUUUACCACAGCAGGAAGACACAGUUAAUAAAGUUCGCUGUUAUUACUAUGAUGAGACUGUGAGCACCAUCAGGGAUAUCUCAGUGGAAGAGGAUCUGAGCAGCAUUCCAUCAUUCAAAGAUUUAAUGGAAUUGAUGAGGCAGGAGUUUAACCAAGAAGACAUUGUUUUGAAUUACCGGGACCCUGAAGGUGACCUGAUCCGCUUGCUCUCUGAUCAGGACGUUGAACUCAUGGUGUCUCAGAGCAGAAGAAGUUCCUCUGAGAAGCACUUCUUCCCUUGGAAGUUGCACAUCACUCACAAAGAUGACUUGGGUGUCUACAACACUAGUCCAGGAGCAGGUGUUACUCAAACAGUAGGGGCUAUGUAAGUGCCAUAUAGAUAUCCCUCUCUGCAGGCAGUUUCCUUCAAAAUGUCUUUGAAGUGUCCUUGAAAUGAGUAAUUUUUAGUGAUAUAUUACCUUUCAGUGUAAAAUCUGUACUUGGUUAACUUCUUCAGCUUUUUAGCACACAUCUGCAAUACAGACAAUCUACAUAGAGACCAGAGAAAGAGAGUAAUAGAGAAAUAAAAUCAUGGGCCAUGUUUACAAAGCAAGUCAGUGUCAGCCUGCAAGAGAGGUCUCCUGAGCCCUUAGACCUGCUCUAGUUUCUGUUCUCACUCUCAAGACUAUCUUUUUGUCCAGAAUGUCUUCAUAAGCUUUUGUUUUUUCUCUAGACUCCCAUAAAUUUCUCUUCAUUUGCUGAUCUGAAGGUUUGUGGGCCAUUGUGUAAUUAUAUCUCUCAUGUUGGAGUCUGACUGGGUUUUCAGAGUUUGUCCUAGGAGGAUCAAUAAAACUUUUUUGGAUUUCAGUGAAGAAGUUCCAGCCCAUCUUAACUUUCUUCUUUUCCACUGAUCAGUAUAUUGAAUUCUGUGAAUCAAACCUAGUACACCUGUGGUUUUCCUUUUAGACCUUUAUGUAACUGUACAAUAUACUUAUUUUCAUGUUUAGGAAAAUGUGUAGGAUAUCCUACUGAAACAGCAAUUUCUUCUCUAUCUUCUGCUUUCUGACACUGCAUUCAAAGUAGAACUAACAAGAAAUUACU